GUACAACGACACGAGACUCGGUUUAUCUUGAGUAGACUUACCCAGAUCGGUGUGAGAGCAUAGGGACGGUCCGCGGUUUCACCGAGGAGAGUACAACGGACUUCACGCUCUCGGUAUGUCAUACAACAGAGCAGCUGUAUCAUCGGAGGCGCCGUCGCGCCUCUCGAGGCGUUCGACAACAAGUGGCAUUGCGAAGACGCGGACGGUGUCAAACGCAUCACUUGCCAGUAACGUUAGUGGUGCGCCGACGAUUACACCCCGCAACAUACAUGGGGACACCGUCGCGUCGAAGGGUUUCCCUGUUGCCUCCAGCGUCGCGUCCAAACGGCUAGUGUCAUCGCUGCCAACCGCUCGUCGACAAUCAGCACCUGUUACGGAUUAUGUGAACCCAUCUCUAUCCUCGUCCAGUCUGAACAUGUCGUCUACUCCAUCUCCAACCACCCGUCCCGUGCCGCGUUUGGUGCCCUCAUCAUACCGUACUCCACCAUCAGUAGCCGGCACCGCGCGCAGUGCCCGGACCCAGUCCAUGUUUGGUCCCGCGGAACCUCUGUCUCAGCUUCAAAACAUGCAGACCGUCCCCACGCUCCCGGCUAUGCCUCGAACGCGCACCAUGUCUGUCCCGUCUCCAGCUGAUAAACACAAGUCGCCAAACACCAAAUCGACUGCUUCGCCGUCUAUAAGCUUGACGUCUCCAAGCCCGAAAGCAAAGGGUCACACGAUGGCUACACCACCGAGAAACACGCCGCCAAACGGCGCAUCAUCACGGACUCGGAGCAUUUAUGAUACCCCCUCGAAAAGGUCUGCGACUAUGUCUAGGACAGGGUCGACGCAGCAGCGCUCCCGUAAUGGAUCUGGGCAAUCUGCCUUGACCGUCUCUCCGUGGUCACCGCCCAAGUUCGACCCUGGCAACUUGGAUCCUUCUGCCCUCAGACUUGAUGCGGAUGAAGAAGACGACAUGGGCGGCUCUAUGUCCGUCUGGGACGGAGACGACAUGACGCUGGAGAUGUUGACUGAUGCGGGCGACGGAGACGUAGACGAGGAUUUCCAAGAAGGCUUGGAUACUCUGAUGUCUAUUCAUACAAAGAAGCUGCUGCAUUACAAGCGUCUUCUCGCACGCGCGCAAGCCGCGACCGCGAUGCAGCUUCAUGCUCUGCAGGCCGAAGUGCGCGUCUUGCGGGAGCGGGAGCGGGAAUUAGGCAAUGGCGUCGUCACCGUGCAGAAUGACGAUGAUCUUUGUGUAUGCGGUGCAAGAAGCAGAAAGGGUGGGUAUUGGAGCGGGUAUCGUGACAAUGGUCUGGACGAUGACGGCGACGUUGACCUGCUCAGGGCUCUUAGGAGAGAUUCUAAUAGUGAGUUCAAUGAGAUGGAGGUGAGGAAAGCGAUUAGAACGCUUAGUAGAGACGAGCGGAUGCGCCUCAUUGCACUCAUUCUUGACUCUUGCAUGCCCGGCGAUAUUCGCCUUCAAAUUCUUCUGCUGGAGAAAUACGCUAGAUCGACCUUCGACAUUAUCGGCAAUCUGGCGCCGGACCUUACCUUCAAGAUUUUCAAAUAUUUCAGCGUUCCGGAACUCUUAUCAGUUGAAGCUGUUUCAAAGAAGUGGCAAGGGAUAGUGCAUGUACCGGCCUUGUGGAAAGCUCAUUGUCUGAGAAUCACUGCAACAGACCCCAUACCUCUCAAGGCCCCGUCAACGUCUGCAGGAUGGCAACCAUUGUAUCGGUCUCUACAUCAUCGGGAGUCUAACUUCAAAAACGCACUUCCACAGAGCAUCAGGUUCCUGAAUGGGCAUACAAAUUUCUGCACUACACUUCUUCUGCGCGGCAAGCGUCUCAUCAGCGGUUCUUAUGACGAAACAAUUCGAUUCUGGGACAUCGAGACUGGCGAAAUGAAGCGAUGCUUGCAGGUCAAGAAGCCCGUCAGCUGUGUAGACUUCUUGGCUGAUGAAGAGGUCUUCGUUGUCGGCUUCCACGACGUUGGACGCGUCCAUCUCUUCUCGUCUGUUACUUUCAACCCUCUGCAGCAACUAGCUGGGCAUCUGAACGGAAUUCGUGCGGUCGCCCUAUCCUCCAAGAACUUGGUCUCCGCGGGAGCCGAUAAAGCUCUGGUGUGUUGGGACUGGCGGGCCGGGACGAAGAUCGUUCGGUUUGGCCAGCAGACGACUGUCAAUAUCGGUGUGCAAUUGAUCAGUGGUGGGUCGCCUGAAGAGGGAGAGCGUGUGGUCAGUGUGACUAUCGACGGGAUGGUUAGGGUGUUCUCCAUCAAACGACGAGAGAUGAUCUCGCAAUUCAAGUUGUCGGAAUUGGGCGGUAGCGAUCCUGUUUUGAAUGCGAAGCUGCAUCAUGUUGGAAUGGCACCGAACAACAUGCUCCAGUGGUUUGCGGCGCAAGGCACCCAGAUGACUUGCGCGACGAAGUCUGUUAUAAUGCACCUUCAAUGGAACGAGACAGAGGAGCAAUCAAAUAUGGUCACCACGUCAUCAACUCACGAAUCGGCUUCAAACCUCAGCGCCUCCAUGUCUCGCCUCAGAACAAAGUCCUCGCUGUCAUCAUCCUUCUCAACGCCAUCGCGCAGAAUCUCGCUCAACGUCUCUACAUCCUCCGCCGGGAAACCGCGCGCUAGCAUGCGGACGCCAGGCACACCAAUCAGUCCAUUCAAUAGGUCGACCACCCCGUUGUCGCCAUUCUCGAUUCGAUUCGGGCGGGCGGCCAUCUUGACGGCGCCUCCGAAGUUGAUAGCAGUCGUAGAGACCCCCGACGUGGUCGUCGGGGCUGUGGACCCGAGAAAGAGGAGGGUGGUGACUGCUACGAGGUUCAGCUCGAGAGCCGGUGCCGAUCGUAGGAUAUUCAUGUCCACCCAUCGUGACAAGCAAGUCAAACCGGCUUCAGAGGAUGGAGACGAUGACAGCGACGGUGGGAGCACCAAGGUGGACGACCCGCACGUCGACUUCGACACCAAGAUCACGACUAUCAGCGGGGCGUGGGGCAUGCUGGCCGACGGGGACGCAGGCAACGGCAUGAGGGGCUUGCUUGGACCGUUGCCUCCCAAGUUCACCGGACUCGCGACGCCUGAGAAGAACCCAAUGUCUAUGCAGUUGAGCCAUGAGGAAGUCGUCGUCGGGUGUGCCGACGGCACUAUCUAUGUGAUGAGUUUCGUUGGAUAUGAUUAUCUGAAGCAAACAGAAGACAAAUUAGCAGACUGGUCGUAUGUCGGCCAAGAAACCGACUUCUGAUUUGAUCGCCGCUUCCGUUUUUAUCCGUGUCAUCCUUGUCUAUGCGCUACGCUAUUGAUACCUUUGAUGAUACCUUUGACGCAACCCUUGACGCAACCCUACCGUUGUCUACCCCAGGCGCUCGUUGCCCUUUCUUCUCGGUCUUUUACACCUUUUAGUUGCAGGCAGAUAGAGGGUGUGUUAUUGGCUUGCCGCUCAUGGUUGGACCAUGCAGCGCCGUGCGAGUCUUCCAGUGUAGUUAUCCGGAUCACUAGAGUAAUCACUGUCUUGGAAACAAGACGAAUUGUG